CGAGUCAGGACUGGAGAAGAAGUGGCAAAAAUGAAUGCUUCUAACAGAUCUGACUUGCUUUGUGGAAGAUCAGCUGAUUACCUUGCCAGAAAGGGACAUUUCCCCAUGUUUGUGUGCUCCGUCAUCACCGUGGGAGGAAUUUUGAGGAUAUUUUUAAGGAAUUCUGAAGUCAUUGUCCUGACGAUUCUGUCCCUAGCUGGAUUUGUGAUAGGACAACUGGCCUACCACCUGGUUGAGGUACACCAAGUUGUCUAUCCUCUUCUGAAGACACCGAGCUUUUCACUUCUCUGUUAUUUUUUGCCUAUAAUUAUAUUUAUGGCUGCUCUGGAAGUGGACUUGUAUAUACUCAAGAAUAUUAUUUGGCAGGUCUUGCUAACCACACUGAUCAGCUUUGUAACGUCAUUCAUCCUAAUUGGAUACGUGGUUAUGAACUUCAAUCCGGAGGCCUGGGACCCGCAGUCCUGCCUGCUGUUCAGCAUCGUCCUUGCCAUUACAGAUCCUUUUUAUUCGGUGAACGCUCUAAAAAUUAUUGGAGGUUCCAAAAUGUAUACCGAUAUCAUUAGAGGAGAGUCACUGAUCGUCUGUGGUGUCACGGCCAUAUUUUUUGGAAUGUUCCGGAGCCAGCCCAUGCAUGUGACUCUGUUUAGUGAGAUACACGUGCUCAUGGAGAUCCUGAAGGACAUCUGUGGAAGCGCCCUCUGCGGGUACCUGUGUUCAAGGUUGAUCCCGUCCAUGCUGUCUGAACUUCACAGCAAGAUGCGGAGCAACGUCAUUCUCUGUGUCUCCAUGGUGUACUUGAUUUUCUACCUCGUGGAAUUUUGUGGAAUGUCGGGCAUUGUUGCUUUAAUCGCUCUCGGGCUGAAUUUAGAUUCCUUAAGCUUCAAGCCAAGCAUGGAGUUCCUACUCACUAAGUUUUUAACAAUGUUAUCAUCUGUAUACCAAAAUCUAAUAUACACUUUCUUUGGCAUUGUGAUUGGAUGUGGAGAAACAAAGUAUUUUAGCUUUCACACUGUAGUGUUUGUGAUCAUCUUGUUUACAUCAGUAAAUUUGGUAAGAAUGCUUGCCAUUGUUUUGGUGAGCCCCAUUCUGAUGCGCUGGAGUUAUGAAUAUAGCUGGCGAUGGGGAUUUGUUAUCGCAUGGUCUGGAAUUAAAGGGAUUUUUAGCAUACUCAUGGCUCCUGAUAUUCAUAGAUUUGCUGGCCAAAAAGUCCUGGCACCACAUAUGUUUAUAUUCUAUGUGCAAAUAAUAUCACUAUUGACGAUGGGCAUAAAUUCCUACCUGAUGAGUGAGUCCGCCAGGCUAUUAGGUUUGUGCAAUAUAACCCUCCCGAGACAAAUGGCCAUCCAAAAUGUCAUUCAGCACAUACAGAAGAUAAUUCAGAACACCAUAACUUUAUUUAAAACAGAAAAAAACUUGGCAAAUGUUAACUGGGACUUCGUAGAAGACAAAACGAGGAUACGCUACAUGACUUGGUUCUGCGUUUCCCCCGACGAAGUGGAGGCGUCUCCGACAGAUGCAGUUCUGAUUGAAGAAGCCAGGUUGCACGUAGCUAUGAUACAAGUGAGUAGCUUUGAAAAGCAGUGUAAUGAUGGAAUCCUUCGAAAAGAGGCAGCCCGGAUAUUAAUUGGUGCAGUGAAAAGCUACUGUCCCAGCCAAGGAAAAUUCCUGAGUAUUUAUGACGUUUCAACUUAUGUACGAGCUAGAAGUUGGCUCAUGAAGUUUAAAAAUGUGUUAACCUACUUGGAAUAUCAUAAAGAAAGGAUACCCUUUCCUCCACCUGGGAGUCAUAAAUUCAUGAUGUUUGUACACCAUAUUGUAUUUUCAGAAGAAUUUGAAUAUGUAGGCCAUAUUUUAACAUUAAUAUAUGUUUAUCCUCUAAUAAUCCACCUGUGGCCAAUGGCAAGAGAGUUGAACGUGUCAACACUGAUAACAUUAAACUACUAUUUUAUGUUUGUAUGUAUGUUGCAAUCAUCAUUGAAGAUAAUAAUUCUGAAAAGGAGAUACUUUGAACAACAUUGGAAUAUUUUGGAAUUUCUCAUUGUCAUCAUUGGAAUCAUAGAUGUAUUUUGCAUAUAUUUUGUCAGAUUGAGACCAGAUAACUUGCUUCUUAUUCAGGUCACUGUAAUGCUGGGAUAUUUAAGAAUAAUUAGAUUUCUGCAUAUCUUCAAGAUACUAAUCCCAGUACUGAGAAAGGUGGUGGAAGUGAUGGUUAAGAAGCGCCUGUGCAUGAUGUUCCAUAUUACAAAAGGAUAUAUCAAGAGUCAGGAAGACACCAAACUUCUACUGAGACAGAUUUCUGGCUGUGAUUCUGUAUACCAGAAACUACAAGACAUUUUGGAAACCAACAAGCGAGAUGCCGUCAGAGAACUAGGACUCAUGGAGCACGAGGAUCGGGAUGUCGUCAUCGCCGUGAAGACGGAGCAGGCGAUCCGGAACGUGAUCGCUAAGGCUCUGAAGAACCUCAACUUCCUCUGGUCAAGAGGCAUUAUCGAUAAACACGAGGGCAGCGAGGUGAAUGAGGUUCUUCUUACAAAAAUAAAAGCACUGAACAACUUUCCAAUGGCAAUCCCACCUCCUACUGCUGACAAAUACCUUCCUAACAUCGUUUGGUUGGAAAAUAAAUACGUACUCAUUGAUUUCUUCAAGGAAAGAACCAAACUUGCCUUCUUUGACUAUGGAGACGUUAUCUGCAGGGAAGGCGACAGGGCACAAGGAAUCUACCUAAUUGUGUCAGGAAUGGCAAGUCUGCGGAGUUCAUCCCCUACCUUUGGAAUAGACAGCAUCCUGAAGCCUCGCGGGGACGCCAAGGCCCCGUUUACGGAGUACUGCACCAGCGGUGACGUGCUGGGGGAGCUGAGCUGCCUGGUGAAGAGGGAAAUUCAGUAUACCGCCAUCUGCGAGACUGUCCUACAGGCCUUUUUCAUCUCCGUGGAGGAUUUAUACGAAGGCCUCGAUGCCUUCUGGCCGUCCCUGGAAUAUAAGAUAUGGCUAAAGCUCGCUCUCAGUAUCGCCUAUCAGUAUUUCAAAGCAAGCCUUGAGGACGAGAACUUGAAGUUUCAGAGCUGUGUGAUGGACAAUCACGCAUACGUGGAGACGUUAUCACACUAUGUUGAAUUGCCUAUCAAUAAUGUGACCAUGAAAUUUGUUAUCGUCGUGUAUGGCAAUGUGAUCAACAGCAAGACCGAGGAGUCGUAUUUUGCACCGUGCAUCAUACCUAAAACCUGUGAUCAGGUCCAGGGAGCUUCAGAUUUAAGUAAACUGCUGAUAAUCCAAGCAUCGGAUCCAGACAAAGAUGAUAACACCAACCUCGGGGGUAAGGGACAGCUCCUGGCCAACAGAAAACUGUUGCGAAGGAACUUCCACACGUGCCGGGUUCCUUCCAUUCCAAGUGUUGGUGAGGGCCUUGUGUGGGCUUCCCAUUGGUUUCCGCCUCUAGGCCCAGGCAGUCUGCCAUCCUGAGCUCAUCCAUCAGAUCAGA